CUCAAAGCGAAAUAAUCAGAACAGUGAAAAUAAUCUGACAAUAUGCCGCCACAGACCAAGGAUGAACACCCGUGUACAGAAGCCAUUCUAAUUCCGGAAUGGGUGAAGCCAGUGAUCUUCCAGGAUCUUUUAAAACAGCAGGUUAAGGAUUACAAGGAAACAAACUCAUUGAGAGCCAGCGCAGGUGUAGCCAAGGGUGAAAACUAUGCCACAAUAAUGCUGAGGGUCGAGUUGGAUGUAGAAAUUGAAGAUAAAUCACAGGUAACAAAGGCCUAUAUGCUGAAGAUAGCCCACGAUUCAGACGCUUAUCGAAAGAUCUUAGAAAAAUCGAACAUAUUCGAUACAGAGCGGGGAAUGUACUUGAAAAUAGUGCCCGAAAUGGAGAAAAUGUAUCGCGAUGUUGGUCUCGAGGUGAAGUUCGGGGCACAGUCUUACGAGAUCCCUACCAACGAAAACUAUGUCCUGCUGGAAGACCUGAAGCCCCAAGGGUUCAAGAAUGUCGAUCGUCUACAGGGGUCGCUGCUGAAGUACAUAGAGCACUAUGAGGGACGCGAAACAUACUUAAAAGAUUUGCUCAGUAUCUCGGAAAAGCUGGAUGAUAUAGCGACUAAAAUAAUCGAAUCGAAUCCUGAUGAGUUCAAUGCCCUGAACCAUGGCGAUGGUUGGUGCAAUAACAUCAUGUAUCAGUACAACGAGAAAAAUGAGAUAUCGAACACAUAUUUCGUGGAUCUUCAACUACCGAAGUGGGGAUCAGUAGCACAGGAUUUGUACUACUUUCUCAUAUCGUCAACAAGUUUGGACAUAAAAACAUCAAAAUUUGAUUACUUCAUUUGGUUCUAUCAUUCGGAACUCGUUAAGCAUCUCCAAUUGCUGAAAUAUUCAAAGCCUCUGCCCACGCUGAGAGGCAUCCGAAACGAUCUGUCCAAGCACAGUGGUUGGGGUUUGGUAUGCUGCACAUCUAUAAUGGGAUUUGUUUUACUGGAUCCCAUUGUGGAUGACAAUGGUGACUUUGAUAAGCUUCUUAGCCAGGAAGACAGUAGCUUCAAGAAGUCUAUGUUCACCAAUACCAGAUUCAGAAAGCAUGUGGAGGUCCUUUUGCCAUGGCUACAGCAUCGUGGGGCCAUGGAAUAUAAUUAAUGAAAGAUUUGCAUAUUUGCAUAAACUCUCAGCCCACCACGAAACUCAAGUUCACAGAGUCUUUAAAAGGCUCGAAAGAUUACAAUAAUGUGAUAUCGCUGUACCUAUAGUUUAUGAUUUUAUAGUAAUUAGAUGCACUUUUUAAACGAAAGCCCAACCAU